ACCCACCCCUGGGAAAGGACGGUCUGUGCCCAAACCUACAGUCUGCCGCACUCCUACUCUCUCCAUCUCGCCAUCCCCUUCCUGCUCCUCAUCUCUCCCCCUAUAUCAUGAAAUGACAGCCAACAACGUCAUUAUUCUGGAACCCGACUCCUCUGGCUCCAGCUCCAGGAGCCGCCUGCUGUCCUCUGCCAUGGGGGGCCUCUCUGAUUGGUCGGCCAGCCUGGAUGUGGCGUCCUCUGCCAGUGUUAUAGUGGUGGAAACCUCCAAUCUGAUCAUUCGCAGCGCCUCUGAGUUCUGCCUGAGCUCUGGGCCGCCACCCAUGGAUACUCAGGAAAGCACUUUCUCCUCUAAUCCCUUCUUCAAGCUGCGCUCCAUCAGCAGCCAGUCUCUGGUGGAGCAAGAGAUCAAGAUGGUGAAGCAGAGAGAGGAGGAGUGGAGGAGACAGAGGGAGGAGAUGGGGAGGAAACAAAGGGAGGAGGAGUGGAGGAGAGGGAGAGAGAGGUAUGACACGGUGCUGGUGUCACCAAACCUCAAUGAAACCGUCACUUUCAGCGUACCAGCGUUUCCAGACAGAUCUGUCUCCUCGCCGUCGUCCCCCUCCAGACCACGUAAAAUGGAACGCUCCAGUUUGUCCUGCGACCACAAGUUCCCCCUCUCCCUUUCCUCAGUGCCGCGUCGUCAGAACGCCAUGGCCCAGCGCUGGGAAGCCUCGCUCUUAGCCAAUCAGAAGAAGGAGUGAGUCAGAGGAGAUUUUUAAACCAAGAUGGAACCCCGUGCUGUUCUGUGGUCGCGGUGCCCCAGAGUCCUUCAGGAGCAAAGGUUGUCAUCAUCCAAGCGGAUGCUGGGCAGAUCCAGAAGAUGCAGCAUUUCCCCUGUUUUCCAUUAUGUCUGUUUUCCAGGAAGUGUUGCUCACCUUUUGUUAAAAGCUGAUGUGUCCAACUGUGACUUUAUUCUCUGAUUUCAUCUGAUCUGUCCUGAACUGACCCCCAGCAGAGCCAGCCCAGGGUUACAUGAAGACUCAAGCAGCUAAAUGUCCUUCACUUUAGAACAUGAAAGGAGCAAUAGAAAACAUUUCCAGGUUCCAUUCUUUGCUCGAUACCACAAAAUAGUUCACUUCUUUAAAAUAAAUUGUGUUGCAGGUUAACAUCACUUAUGCUCAUGAAUAUUAUUUAUUUAUGAAUAGAAAACAUGAACUAAAACGUGGUUUAGUUUAUUUAGAAAACCAAAACUAGUUUUUAACUAAAUCAGGUCAGAGAGAGAGAAAAAAAAACGUUCCGGUAUUUAAUUCAGACUCCGUGAUAUUUGCUCCUGGUCACCUGUGAGCAACAGUUCAUAGUAAAAUUCCUCUGGGUGGUGCAUAGCAGCUGCUAAAUGUGCGUGUGCCUUGGGCCGGCUCUGUGUUUCACUAUAAACUUAUAUUCUAGAUCUACUACUUCUGAAAAAUUAUGUUUUCCUUCUACUUUUAUUAUCCUGUGUUUAAGAGUAUAAACCAUGCACACCUAAUAUUUAAUUCAGUGUAUUGAACAUGAAUCUAGUUAAAACGUAAUGCAGCUAUUUUGAAUGUUAGCUUAGUGGUUACAUUUUAAGGUCAUUUCCCACCUAACAGAACCGUGGCUAUGCAAUGGUUCAGUUUGCAGAAACAGACUAGCAUAAAAUGUUUGCUCAUUUUUAAAAACUGGAAUAUGACCUGGAGCCUCUUCACUUGGUUCUGAAACAAAGACGUUCAGAUUCCAGGUUCUUUUCAGAGCUCAGUGUUUAAGAACUGCUCAGGUGUUCAGGUCAGGACCUAACAGAGCGUCCGCCUUAAUGGUGGACGCUCUCAGUGGGUUAGCGCCCCACAGAGACACGUGGAAGCAGGACGACCAUAAAGGAAAACAUUUGGACCUGAUGAUGAGAAGCUGCUGUUGAGCUGCAGACUGUCCAAACUCGGUCCAUCUGUGGCUUUGAAGAAAGGACGUUCUAGAAGAAGAAAUUCUACUGAUGAUAUGUACAGAUUUCUAUCUUUUGUUGUGUUCCUAUAAUAGAGAUUCUAUGUAUUUUUGAUGCAUAUAUAUUUAUUAACUGAACAAUGCUUAGAAAUCCUUUACAGCGGGGGUGUUAAACUGGUUCCAGAGAGGGCUGUAGCUGCAGGUUUUCCUUCCAACCAAGCACACCAGACUCCAGUCAUCUCACCAAGGGAGUCCAAUCUGAACAUGACAUGAUAUGAAUGGAGGCUGGUGAGUUAUUGUUUGGUUGGAAAGAAAACCUGCAGCCACACAGAACUUUCUGGAACCAGUUUGGCACCUGUGCUUUACAGAGUUCAAAGACUGAUUAUAACCCAACAAGCAGGUCUGGUAGGUUUUAAGGAGACCUUAAUGUGUGGUGUGUGCAUGUGUUCAUCUGCUUCCUUUAGUAUGGUGUCUGCACUGAACCUGCAAGACAAGCUUACUACUUUCUGCAACGACCUCCAGAUUGUCUGGAGAUUAAAGGUGCAAUAAGUUCUGUGGUGAAACAUAAGCUCAUCUGCUGAGGCGUGGAGAGAGAAGGUUCAAAGCAGCUAGUUAGCUUAGCAUGCAUGCUCUGACUCAGUUUCGAUGCCUGAUACGGUCCAAAACCAAAGCUACUUUAUUUAACCUCAUGGUGACUGCCGUCUGCUGUCUGAUGUUUUCAGAGUAAAGAUAUGAUCCUCGGGUUAAGCUACCCCGGUCUAAUCCUGCAGGUAAUCAAAGGCAAACAGAUUAAAAUGUUUAAUGCAUAGAGAUACAAAAGCUACAGGAACAAAAUGUAUCUUUGUUAAUAGGAUUCAGUAGCAUGCUUAGUGUGAGGGAUUGGUUCUGCUGGAGGUUUCUUCCUGUUCAAAGGGAGUU